CUUACCAACAGUAUGGCGGCGGGCUGCUGCUGGAGGGAUGCUGCUGCUGUCGCCGCCUUCACAAUGUGAUCGGAAUACCGUUUGCCUGCGGAAAGACAACGGCCACAACCCGAGGCAGCUCGUCGUGAGCUCGAUAAGAUGACCAGGCUCGCCGAUUACUUCGUUGUAAUCGGAUACGAUCUCGAUAAGAGAGGAGGUAGUGAGGGUCAAGGGCGGAUUCUCCAGCGUUUCCCAGAGAAAGACUGGGAAGAUAACCCCUUUCCUCAAGGCAUUGAACUGUUCUGUCAGCCCAAUGGAUGGCAGCUGGUUCCUGAGAGAAAGCCUCCCUCAUUCUUUGUGGCGGUUCUAACAGACAUCAACUCUGAGCGGCAUUACUGCGCCUGCUUCACCUUCUGGGAAUCUGUGGAGAACCCACAGAAAGAUGUGCCCAGUGAGGCUGAUGAAGAUGACAGUCCAGAUGUUCUCCAGCCUGCUCAACUCUACGCUCCCAAAAGCUUGGUUCUGGUGUCCCGCCUGGACCACACAGAGGUCUUUAGGAACUGUUUGAGUCUCAUCUACACGGUUCAUGUGGAUGGCCUCAACGUUCCCAUGGAAACGGUGAUCGGAAACCUUCUCACCUGCAUCAUUCCCAUAGCUGGAGGCUCUCAGAGGACCAUAACCCUCGGUGCGGGCGACAGGCAGGUUAUUCAGACGCCUUUAAACGACUCCCUCCCUGUGAGUGGUUGCAGUGUGGCCCAGCUUUUCAGACAGCUCGGAAUAGUGAAUGUUCUCUGUAUAUUCUGUGCGGUUUUAACGGAGCACAAGAUUCUGUUCCUCUCCAGCAGUUACCAGCGGCUAACAGACGCCUGCAGGGCCUUGCUGGCCAUCAUGUUCCCACUUAAAUACAGUUUUACAUAUGUUCCCAUCUUACCGGGAAAGCUGCUGGAGGUGCUCAGCACUCCAACGCCCUUCAUUAUCGGAGUCAACUCCCACUUCUGCUUGGAGACUCAAGAGCUGCUCGAUGUAAUCAUUGCGGACUUGGACGGCGGCACUGUGACCAUUCCGGAGUGUGUCCACAUAUCACUGCUGCCUGAGCCUCUUCUUCAUCACACACAGACGGCCAUCUCCAUGGUUCUAGAUCCAGAGCUGGAAGUGGCCGAUCAUGCGUUUCCUCCACCCUCCAUUCAGCCAUCGACACUCAAGAUUCAGGAUAAGGAGAUUCGCGCCGUUUUCCUAUGGUUGUUCGCACAGCUCUUUCAGGGCUACAGAUGGUGUUUGCACAUCAUUCGGAUCCACCCAGAACCAGUCAUACGCUUCCAUAAGGCUGCAUUUCUGGGUCAGAGAGCACUGGCUGAGGAUGACUUCCUGAUGAAGGUGCUGGAUGGCAUGGCCUUUGCUGGCUUCGUGUCAGAGCGGGGUCCUCCGUACCGACCCACAGACCUGUUUGAUGACCUUAUAGCCAAUCAGGUGGAGCGAAUUCGACAAGAGACAGGAAAUCCUCAGAAAGUGAUGAAGCAUAUAAAGGAGCUGGCAGAGCAACUUUUUAAAAAUGAGAACCCAUAUCCCGCGGUGGCCAUGCACAGAGUUCAGAGGACGGCUGAAAUCGCUCAUCCCCGGCUGCCGCAGACCUCUUUCCCGCUGCUGGAUGAUGUCGGUGUGCAGCUCUUUAUAGACCAUGCAACUGCAAAACUCAAAACUGCCCCACCUGUCGUCAAGGCCGAACUUAAGGGCAUGGUGCCAUCGGGACCCUCACUGGCUGACAUAGUGGACAGGAACGGGAAUGUUCUUGCUAACAGCGCCAGGAGGUUAGAAGUGGUCAGAAACUGCAUCACAUACAUUUUUGACAACAAAAUGCUGGAGGCCAAGAAGUUGAUGCCGGCAGUGUUGCGGGCACUGAAAGGUCGGACGGCACGUAUGUGUCUGACCCAGGAGCUCAACCUGCACGUCUUGCAGAACCGGGCCGUACUAGACGACCAACAAUUCGACUACAUCGUUCGCAUGAUGAACUGCACUCUGCAGGAUUGCUCUCAUAUGGAUGAACAUGGUAUUGCUGCUGCCUUGCUGCCACUGGUUACGGCCUUCUGUCGGAAACUGGGAGGAGGCAUUACUCAGUUUGCAUACAGCUGUGUUCAGGAGCACAUGGUGUGGACCAACAUGCAGUUCUGGGAGGCCAUGUUUUACAGUGACGUACAGAAACACAUCCGGACCCUCUAUCUGGAGAACGAUGAGGAAGGAGACACGUCCAACCCUGAGGGGGAGAACGUGGGAGGGCAGAAGCAGCUGAGUGCUCUGGAGCUGGCGUCAGAGCAGAGCCGUCUGUGGCCCACGUUGAGUAAAGAGCAGCAGCAGGAGCGUGUUCAGAAGGAGGAGAGUACAGUGUUCAGUCAGGCCAUUCACUACGCCAACCGCAUGAGCUACCUGCUGCUGCCGCUCGACACCAGCAAAAACCGCCUGCUCCGGAACACCGGCCUAGGGGAUGUCGAGAGCGUCAGCAACAGCUACGUUACUAACAGCAUUGCGGGCAGCAUGGCAGGGAGCUACGACACGGAGAGUGGCUUUGAGGAUGCCGAGAGCUCGGACGUUGCGAACUCUGUUGUACGAUUUAUCAAUCGGUUUGUUGACAAAGUGUGCAAUGAGAGCGGAGUGACCAAUGAACACCUAAAGGCCCUUCACACCAUGAUACCAGACAUCGUUCAGAUGCACAUCGAGACGCUGGAAGCAGUCCACAGGGAGAGCAAACGCCUGCCACCUAUCCAAAAGCCCAAGCUUUUGAGGCCAACACUACUGCCGGGUGAGGAGUUUGUGAUGGACGGCAUGCGGGUGUACCUCAUGGCGGAUGGGCGAGAGGAGGCCACGGGCGCGAUGGGGGGUCCGCCCUUGCUGCCCGCAGAGGGAGCCAUCUUCCUCACCUCCUACCGGCUCAUCUUCAAAGGCACACCCACUGACCCUCUAGUUGGAGAGCAAGUGGUCACGCGCUCGUUCCCCAUUGCCUCCUUCACAAAAGAGAAGAGGAUCUCUUUUAAUGGUUCCAUGGAUCAGUUCGUCCAGGAAGGCCUGCAGCUGCGAUCCUGCACAUUUCAGUUGAUGAAGAUCGCCUUUGAUGUGGAGGUGGCGUCAGAUCUGGCUGAAGUGUUCAGGAAGAACUUGCUUAAGCUCAGAUACCCACAGCACGUCCAGGGUACGUUCGCCUUCACUGUGGGCCAAUCUGCAAAGCUGGAACACAAGACCAAGGACAAGAACCAGUCUCUAAAAACGCUCUCUAAAAACCUGGUUAAGACCGCAAAGAGGACCAUCGGUCGACCGUAUAUGACCCGGAAGAAGUAUUCCCCGCCGACCUGGGAGAACAGAAGCAGUCUGCAGUCAGAAAUGGAUGAAGAUGAAAUAUCAGUGUCUGAAGAGCCGGAUCAGAGUUCGCUCACACUCUCUUCCACCAUCCGCUCGUCUGACCGUCAAACCAUGAGUAAUGUGGUGGAGCGUGCCUGCUGUCGUGACUACCAGCGGCUGGGACUGGGAACACUUAGUAGCAGUCUGACCCGCUCUAAAAACGAGCCCUUCCGUAUUUCUACUGUCAACCGCAUGUACACCGUCUGCCGAAGUUACCCCGGGUUACUGAUCGUGCCUCAGAGUAUUCCUGAUUCAACCAUCCAGCGCAUCUCACGCUGCUACAGGCAAAACCGCUUUCCUGUAGUGUGCUGGAGAAACCCCCAUACUAAAGCAGUGCUGCUGCGCUCGGCUGGCCUGCACGCUAAAGGCGUCGUGGGCUUCUUCAAAUCACCCAAUGCGCCAAGCGCAGGUCCAUCCCAGGCAGACUCCACCAGUCUGGAGCAGGAGAAGUAUCUGCAGGCCAUCAUCAGCUCCAUGCCCUCCUACAGUGAAGCCAGUGGGAGAAACACUCUCAGUGGCUUCACCUCUACACACAUGAGCACCUCAGGAAAAUGGGGCAGUAUACGGGGAAGUGGGCGGCUCAGUACGUAUAAUCCUGAUGUUGGAAACAGGCUGGCUGGAAAAGAGUCUCCCCAAGCUAAUGGAGGCCCAACCGAGGCGUAUUUCCUUCGCCAACAGAGAGCAUACCUCUACAUUAUUGGAGACAAAUCCCAGCUUAAGGGUGGAAAGCAGGACACUUUCCAGCAGUGGGAGGUAGUGCCCAUUGAGGUGUUUGACAUACGGCAGUUGAAGAACAGUUUCAAGAAGCUGAUGAAAGCCUGUGUGCCUUCCUCCAGCAAUGACCCAAACAUGAUAUUUCACCGCUGCCUCGAGGAGUCGGAGUGGAUGAAUCUGCUUCACAGAGUUCUACAGGUGUCUGUUCUUGUUGUGGAGCUUUUGGACAAUGGUUCCUCUGUUAUGGUUAGUCUGGAAGAUGGCUGGGAUGUCACAACGCAGGUGGUGUCCCUUGUGCAGCUGUUGUCGGAUCCAUACUACCGAACUAUUGAUGGCUUUAGGCUUCUGGUGGAGAAAGAAUGGUUGUCGUUUGGCCAUCGAUUCAGUCACCGCGGGGCUCGGACGCUAGCCAGCCAGAGCAGUGGAUUCACGCCUGUCUUCCUCCAGUUUCUCGACUGUGUGCACCAGAUCCAUCUGCAGUUCCCCAUGGAGUUUGAGUUCAGUCAGUACUACCUGAAGUUCCUCGCCUACCACUACGUCUCCAACCGCUUCCGCACCUUCCUGCUGGACUCCGACUAUGAGCGCAUAGAGCUGGGUGUUUUGUAUGAGGAAAAAGGCGAGAGAAGGAACCCUCAGGUGUAUAAGUCGGUCUGGGAUUACAUUGACCGUCUCAACAAAAAGACCCCCAUCUUCUUCAACUACAUGUUUUCUCCAGAGGAGGAGGAGGUCCUAAAGCCCUACAGUUACAUUUCCAAUUUGAAAGUUUGGGACUUUUACACAGAGGAGACGCUUUCUGAGGGUCCAUCCUUUGACUGGGAGGUGGUGCGGGGGCGGCAAGAGAAGCCAGUGGAGGAAGCGGGCGAGAGACAGGAGACAACGGCGCCCAAGUCCCAGCGGAGGAUUGUCUGGCCUUGCUACGACAGCCUCAGUAAAGUAGUGCCUGAUGCCAUCACAAAGCUGUUGCAAGAUGUGCAGAACCUGGAAAAUGAGUUAGGACAACCUACGGAGAAAUGGAAGGACACAUGGGACAAGACUAAGACAACCCAACGGGCCGAAUCCAGACUAGAGAGCCGGCACUCGUUCUCCAGCUCUCUGCUCAUGUCUUCUAAUCUGAGUCACCAGCGGCGCUCUCAAGGUGUGUAUCUGCAGAAGAGUGGGGUCGGCUCCUCAAUUAACCUGGCUCUGGACUGUGAGGUCAACGCCACCUCCACGCCUGCUUCUGGUCGGCCCAGGACCAGCACGCUCUACAGCCAGUUUCAGAGCACAGAGAGCGAGAACAGGAGUUUCGAGGGUAUUUUACACAAAAGAGGCGCUUUGCUGAAACCAUGGAAACCACGUUGGUUUGUACUGGACAAGACCAAACACCAGUUGCGAUACUACGAAACAAGGCAAGAUAAAGAGUGUAAAGGAGUCAUCGAGUUAGCCGAAGUGGAAUCUGUCAUUCCGGGAACGCCUACCAUGGGAGCACCUAAAAACAUAGAUGAAAAAGCCUUCUUUGAUCUCAAAACAACUAAAAGAGUGUACAACUUCUGUGCCCAGGACAGCGCGAAUGCACAGUUAUGGAUGGACAGUAUUCAGAGUUGCCUAUCUGAUGCAUAGGGGAGGAGGGGUUUAUGGAGGAAAGAACUGUGAAACUUCGGAGCCAUUGAUGGACAUUGCUCAUAGCCAGUUGGCAGAGCUUCCCCCGCGCUUACAGAGGGAAUUUAGAAUGGGCAUGGCUAUGGUCCCGUGUCAGUGGUAUUGAACUGUACAAUGCUGCACCUCACCACAUUUCAGCGUUUUUGUUAAAAAAUGUUAAAAACCAAUGAAAAAAAACAAAACAAAGAAUCCCCUUUAAGACUUAUUAUACCUGUGGUCUCACCGAGUUUCUUUCUUUCUUUUUUUUUUUUUUUACACAAUCACAACCCCUGAAUGAUCUCUAAUGCUUAUUCAAAAGACGCAUGGUCUCAUUUCUGACAGACUGCGAUUCUUCAGCUACCGCUUGCACCCUCCCAUAUUGUUCGGAUACUGCCAAAUGCCCAACUUUCAGCUAUGCAGGGGCCUGUGAAUGCCCAAAAACUAGCCACAGCUUGCAAAAGAGUGACCCUAAUGUAAUGUUAACUCUUUCCAAUCUCAUUGCUUUCACUAUAUCAUAGCUGCCACUGGCAGGUUAAAUUCUCUUGCUUCCUUCUGAUUGUUUGGCUUUGUCAAAGCCCAUUCUGAAGCUGGGUCUCCAAGCAACGGUUCAUGAAGGAAUUUCAGUAUAUAUGGUUAUUUACGUCAAAGUAAUACACAAAACAUGCAUUCUUGUAACAGUGUACCAUGGCAGGCACAUUGCCCAAACAAUGCCAUUUGGAGAUUAUGCAUUCAGAUUUAACUGUUUACAAACUAAACCUUACAGUAUAUUCAUGGGGUCUUCCUCGUAUCAGUUUUUCUUCAAGAUAGACAUAAAAACCACUAUUGCUAUUGAGAAUGGAAGAGAUGCUAAAGGAAAAGGAGGGAUAUAUUUUGCCAUUAUAAUUUAUGCACAAAGAGAUGAUUCUUUGAUUUUAGAAAACGAAAGAUGCAGACAAAAGUGGGGCAGUGUCUGGAGGGGUUUUCGUGAAGUGUCUGUUUACACCAAUCAGAGGCCAGAGACGGGAGCUGGCUGCCAUGACAACUGUGCUCCACAUCACUUCCUGUAAAAGUUUUUGGAAAAAUAAAAAAAAAUAUAUACAAAUUUAAAAAUGUAUGCAUUGAUAUAAUUAAUACUGAUAGAGAACAACCCCUUAAAAUGUAAUCAGUAUGGUUUAUUGGGUCCAAGUCAUGUUUUAGACCAUUUAUAUCUAUACUGUAUAUUGAGGUUUUAUGGUAUGGUCAUUGAAAUAUUCUGCUUGUUGGGAAUCAUAUCACAAAAUUAUAACUUACAAUUUAAGAAAUUCGCCUAGCGCAAAAACAAAUGCCAUUCUACCAACACUGGUUGACGUGUGCUUCCUUUCCCCCGUCUCUGAGUCUUGAAUCUGUCUGAAUCAGUGUUUUAGUUAGUCUGUUACAUGUUCUGUUUUGAAUCCUGUACAUAGAGGAGUUUGUUUAUAUUAUUCCUUUAGAGAAAGAAGAGUCUAUUUUACUGGACUUAGUGAGGAUGCAUAUAAAUAUCACUGGACUGUUCUGUUGCAGUUUUUUGUAUUUUAUUAUUUUAUAUAUAUAUAUAUAUAUAUAUAUAUAUAUAUAUAUAUAUAUAUAUAUAUAUAUA